CAGAUAAAGUCGAAACCGCCUCCCUCUUUUCCCAGCCAUGCAAACUGCGGGAUGAAGCUGGAAGCUGUGGUCGAGCAGCUGCAGAAGCAGCAGCAGAAGCAGCAAACGCCUCUGCAGAUGGAUUCCAGGGAGAGACAGCAGAGGCAGAUGAGAGAAGCGCAGCUGCUCUACACUCAGCAGCUGGCCGUGCAGCAGGCCGUCCUAGCAGCCACAUCUGGCAGGGCUUCAGGCGGCUCCGCCGUUGGUCCCUUGGCCAGAGGCCCACCUGCAGCCGGAGCUACGCGGGCUUUUGAUCAGAGCAGCAUGAAUUCAGAGCCAGAAGAUGAAGAGGAGGAGGAAGAGGAGGAGGAAGACGAUGAGGAGGAGGAAGAGGAGGAGGAAGGGGGUUUGGAAGGUGGCGAUCUUGAGGAUGGCGCUGAUGUGACUGGGAAAGAAACCUGCUCUGCUCUGAAGUAUUUCCAUGCUCCCAAAGUUGCCCAUCACAACCAAAGAGUGGCCUCUACCUCUAAUCCUCUUCCGGCUUCAGGGCACCAGCGGGGCCAGCAGGGCAAAGAAGAACAGGGUAAAGACACUACUAAGCCACCGUAUUCCGGUUCCCCGUCUGGACGCCAGAACUGGCGCUUGGACGAGCAGCUCAAACAGAACGGUAACGUGACCUGGAGUGAUGAAGGUGAUGGAUGCCGAGGAAGAGAAAUUUCACGAGACUUUGCCAAGCUCUAUGAACUGGAUAGUGACCCCGAACGGAAAGAGUUCCUGGAUGACCUCUUCAUCUUUAUGCAGAAGAGGGGAACUCCCAUCAAUCGGAUCCCCAUCAUGGCAAAGCAGAUCCUGGAUCUCUACAUGCUCUACAAGCUGGUGACUGAGAAGGGCGGGCUGGUGGAAAUCAUCAACAAGAAGAUCUGGCGAGAGAUCACCAAAGGCCUUAAUCUGCCCACCUCCAUCACCAGUGCCGCGUUCACGCUUCGAACCCAGUAUAUGAAGUACCUGUAUGCCUACGAAUGCGAGAAGAAAUCCCUCAGUUCUCCUGCCGAGCUCCAGGCUGCAAUCGACGGCAACAGGCGGGAAGGCAGGCGGCCCAGCUACAGCUCCUCUUUGUUCAGCUACUCGCCCACCACCACGGGGCCUCCUUCCCUCCUGUCUCCCCCAAAGAUCCGCUUCCCCAUCAUCGGCGUCGCGCCAGGCAGUGGGACCAGCAAUCCUCGGGUGUCUCCAGCAGCAGCUGUCAGAAAAGGUGACGGUGUGCCCUUGACUGUGUCUAUGCCAAAUCGUAUUGCCGUGCCAGUGACCUUGGCUAGCCAGCAGGCAACUGUGGCAGCAAGAACAGCCACUCUGGAGCAGCUGAGGGGGGGAGAGCCUCCGGAGAAGAAGGUCUCGCGGAUGACGGAGGAGGAGCAGCGGCUUGUCCAGCAGGCUCUUCAACGCAACCUGUUCAGCAUGGCGCGGCAGAUCCCCAUGAAGAUCAAAAUCAAUGGCAAGGAAGAUAAACCCGACUCGGCGGCGGCAGCAGCGCUGAAUUUGUCACCGAACGGCAUUGGGAGCAUUAACAUGUCGGUGGAGAUCAACGGCACGAUUUAUGCUGGAGUGCUCUUUGCCCAGAAGCCAGUUGUCCACCUCAUCGCAGGCUCCAGCACCCAAAGUUCCUGCAGCAGCAGGAGCGAGCCGGGAAGGAGUCGCACAGAUUACCUCAUCUCAAGGAACCUGCUUUUGGGGUUGGCCAACGGCAAGAUGAUGAUGAUGCUGAAACCUUUCCAUGCCAGCGAGUCUUUCUUCAUCGUCUUGCAUUUGCAGGUCUUCCUUGGCACGGGGCUGGCCCUGCUCUGCCUCAGCAUCCUCCUGGGCUGCGCCGCGUGCCGGCGGCACUGCCGGUGCCCGGGCUCCCGCCUUGGCCGGAAGCAGGUGACAGUGGAGCUGGGACCCGCUCUGCCCACCAGGACGGUGACGGUGCCCAUCCAGCAGCACUACGAGGAGGUGGCAGGAGAGGUGCUGGGUAUCCGAGCGGAGGAGGGUCCCCCGGCAUCACUGGCAUCCCACGGUGGUUUGCUCCGUGGCAGAGCCUCCUUGCCUGGGCUCUCCUUCUCCCCAAAGCUGGUGGGAGCGUGGCAGCGCCGCUGCACCAUCUCCGGAGCCAACCUCCUCCGCCAUGAGGAGAGCGCGCUGGUGCACCCCAUCCCAGGACCCUCCACCCCCUUGCCCUCCGGCACCAGCUCCAAGCAGCCUCCUCGGCUCCACUGUGACUUGUUCUACUCGCUGGCUGAGGCCACGCUCACCGUGACGGUCCUCGGUGUCUCCAAUCUGCCCAAGGGGUCACGGGGUGGCCAGGGCUCCUACGUCAAGGUGUACCUGCUGCCAAAGCUCCCGGCAUCCCGGCGCGUGGCAUUGCAGCGCGGCGGCCUCCACCCUGCCCGCCGGGAGCUGUGCCGGUUUGGCCGGUACAGCCUGGAGGAGCUGAGGAGCUUCACCCUACGCUUUGCCGUCUACGCCAGGUUUCACAGCCUCAAGGACUCCUUCGUGGGAGAGGUCCUCUUCCCCUGCGCUCAGGCCACCUGGGACCCCCAGGCAUCUUCUAGCUACAGCUGGGAGCUGUCGAGCACCAAAACCAAGCUCAGAAAGUGUCUCAGCACCCACAACACAAGCCACAGCGUCCUCUCCUCCCCACCCAAAUCCCUCGGCCAGCUCUUCCUUCUCCUCCAGUACCAAGCUCUGGCCAGUCGCAUCAAGGUGCUGGUCCGCAAGGCAGAGCACCUCGGCCGGCUCUCGCGUGUGCCGGGCACGCCAGGCCACUACGUCAUCAUCCACCUUUACCACAACGGCCAAGUCAUCGACACCAAAGAGACCAAGUCCGUCACCGGCUACAACCCCGUGUGGAACACGCCCUUCCUCUUCAACCUCCCCGCCGGGGACAUCCAGCAGCAAGAGCUGUCCUUGGAGUUCACCGUCAUGCAGCCCAAGGGCAGGGCUUGCCUGGGGCUCAGGCACUCACGAGAGCGAGUGAAGGAGGAUCUCGGAGGCUUGGAGACGUGA